AUGGACGUCGGUGAAGGAAGUAGGAUUCAGAGGCAACCUUCAUUGUUUCAGCCAGACGCUCAUAGCAGGAGUUCGCGAAAACCCCAUGCAGAUGUGAAUACUGAUUUUCCUGCAAAUGUCUUGAAACCAGCUGUGUAUUAUAAUUUCUCUAAAUUAGGCUUCAAGCUAGAGCAUACGGUCAACAAUCCCUCCCAAUCUACCGAGGCCUUUCUUGGAGACACUCCGCAAGUUGAUGAUCGGCCGCAAGAAAUGGAUUCCGUGCAGUCUGAAAUCAAGCGGCUGAAAACGGAGCUGGACAAGCUCAAGGCAGAACAUCGGGAUAUAAACGAGAUAUCGGACAAGCUCUCUACUGAGCUAAUGCAGCCUGCUGUGCACUCAUACGCACAAAUAUCUGCGCUCAAGAAGAGGAAGCUCAUGCUCAAAGAUAGAAUCCUAGUGUUGGAAAGAAAAAUAUCGAGCUUGGAAAGCGAUGACAAAGCACCCAAUAACUUUGAAGGUAGACAAUUCACAGACCAGGACACUGAAAUCUCAGAAGAUGACGUCAAGGACUUCGACUUAAGGGAGAAUGCUUCCUCAUAUGCUAUGAAGGAGCAAAAAUUUCGGCAUGCAAGGAUUCAAUUCUCAGAUAUCAGUGGAAACCUGUGGAAUGAGCCAGAAAAUGAGGCUUUGAGGGAGAUGAUUUUGAGACUGAACGACCUCGGAUUGCGCCCUGAGACGGUACCUCCGCACAAGGACAGCUACUUCCUGUCGCUCAUGAAAGGGUUACAAUGUGCUGGGCUUAGGCCUCGCGGCUACGAUUUUAGAGAACAGACGGUUAUGGGGAGCGGGAAGCAAUAUCCAUUUGCUGCUAAGCGCGCAAGACAGGAUGUCUUAUCUUUGUUGUCAUCACAGAUUGAUAAACUGAAUGGAAUAGCGGGCUGGAAACUCAGUGCACAGGAGUUCAAACGAUACUUUUCGAAAGCAUGGUGGAACGUUCCGGCCGCUCGAGAUGACCUUUUCAUGGCCUCUGCACAUCUGUACUCUGUUCGAAUUGUUUGCUACUCCAUCACCUCGGAAGGACUUGAUGAACAAAUCUAUGAUCCUCCUGGUGACAACCCCCCACGGGCAACGAUAAGAGUUUGCCGUAAAGGAGAUCAUGUCAUUUCUACUUCUCCAGCCAAGGGCAUUACGGAUAUUCGGUCUGUGUUUGCUCCUCCUACCAUCGGAAAGCCCACAAAGUUGAUGAGGAAACGUCUCAUGGAGGAGAAUUUGGGCCUGUUUGACGUCCCCGACGAAGACGAGAAGGAGGAAUCUGAAGCAUUCGAAGAUCUGAGUCAGAAUGAAGAAAGUGUGCAAGAGGACGACGAGAUAGUCGAGAGCAGCGCGUAUGAGAUUCAACGAAAAGUGGGUGCUGUCUAUGAAACGCAGGUUGCCACGAAGAGAAUAUUCGCAACAAUAUCCUUGUCCGAGCAUUCCAAGGUUCAGCUGACAAAACUGCUCGACACCAUUCGACGGGAAUUUCCUCUUGACUCAAAGUUGCUCGACAGUCUGGUGCGAUGGAUUGAUCCGAAUACGAUGCAUAUUACGAUUCAAACGUUUGACGUUCCUGGAGAGUCCAUGGACGAGGUUCUGCAGUCUGUACAAGAGGCAGUGCGGACGGCAAACAUCAGUCCUUUCAAGGUCGCCACAGGUGAACUCGGAUGUUUCUGGCACGCGGCUGGGUCCGGAUGGGGAAGAAUUCCCCGAGUGAUCUGGCUGGGCCUGGACGAUCAGAGUCUGCCGCAGCUCGUCGAGCUGCACGAUGCUCUCCGCCGCUCGUGCGCAGCAAAGAGUCUUGUGGACCCGCGGCCCUUCUGCGCUCACAUCACCCUAGGGAAGAGUCGGACCAAGGGCAACCUGAACUCCAACGAGCGGCGGAGCUUGAGGGCCUUCGGCAAGUGGAUUCAGGACACGCAGCGAUCGACUGCAUUGCAGAGCCUCUUGGAGGAAACGAAUCGUAACGGACAGUCGAGGAACUCGGCGAAGCAGGAGGCGAGGGCGAUGACGAGUGGGAGAGGUGCGAAGAGGCAUCGGUCAUGGAUGCAAAAGACACGGAGACAUCGAACGCGAGAGCGGAGGAUGGGGGAACUGAACUCGGAGCUGUUCGACAGUCUGGUGGUGGAGGGAGGGAAGGAAAGUCUUGUGCCGGAGAUUGAGAUGGAGAUCGCUGAGAUCGACGUGUUGGAGGCUGUCAGAGUGCCUGGCUCGAAGCAGGUCUCCUACAAGAAGCUCAUGAGCCUGCCCCUCUUCCCCGACGACUCCGCGUGUACAUAG